CAAGGAGUCUCGUCUUUGUUUCUGCGCUUGCUCUCUGUGCCAAUCUCUGCUCGCCUGAUCUCUUUCGCCGUCUUUCGGUGUUCUACACUUUGGCGGAUUGCGACAAUGGCAGUGGAUCCAAGGCAGAUUCUGGGGGCUUUCCUCACCAUCUCCAUGUUCGCUAUGCUGGGGAAUAUGAUCAAGAGAGACCAUUUCGAUGCCUACAAGAUGAGUCUUCAAAUGCAAUCUGGUGUUCGCUUAAAGAAGUUUGAGGAGAAUAAGGUUUCAGCAAUAACACUUUUGUCUAAGGGUCCCUGGAAUGUUGAUAGCCAGCAGCUGAAGCAAUGCUGGACCAAACCGGUUUCAAAGGAUACUGAGCCAUCCAAAGGUUUCAUUGUAUUCUCUUUGACAAAUGGUCCCGACCAUCAUGUGUCGCAGCUUGCAGAUGCUGUGGUUAUUGCUAGGUAUGUAAAUGCCACACUUGUCCUACCUGACAUCAGGGGAAGUGAACCAGGUCAAAAGAGGAUAUUCCAAGAUAUGUAUGAUGUCGAUAAAUUCAUGAGGAGCUUGGAUGGUGUGAUUACGAUAGUUAAAGAGCUCCCCCCUGAAGUAACUUCCAGGAGCCCAGCUGUAGUGAGAGUUCCUAAUGGGGCUUCAGAAGAUUUCAUAGUGAAAAAAAUUGAACCUAUAUUCCGGGCUAAGGGUUACUUGAGGCUUUCUACCUACUUCCCUUCGGUAAAUCUGAAAUUGAGGGAGAAGCAGAAUGCUGACCUGGCCUCGACAACAUGCUUAGCAAUGUUCGGAAGCCUUGAACUGAAACCAGAGAUUCAGGAGCUGGUAGACAUGAUGGCUGGGAGCCUUAGAACCCUGAAUCAGAAGUCAAAUGGCUGUUUUGUUGCAAUUGACUUGAGAACAGAUGUUCUGGAGAAGAAAAUCUGCAAACAAAAUGGAUUUAAGAAAAGAAAGAGUUGUUACAACGCUCAAGAGAUUGCAGAAUUCUUGAAAAAAAGGGGCUUUGAUGGAAAUACCACUAUUUACCUGACACAGACCUGGUGGCAUGAAAGUCUCAAUUUCUUCAGGGAGAUAUUUCCAAACACUUAUAUAAAGGAUGAUUUGAUCCCUGCCGACAAGAAAGGUGCAUUUCUGAAGGCAGGAAGCUCUGACCUACAGCGUGCAAUCGAUUUCUACAUCUGUUCACAAAGUGAUGCAUUUGUUCCAGCCUUCACCGGCCUGUUUUAUGGACAUGUCGCUGGAAGAAGAAUAGCUUCCGGCAGGACUCAAAUACUUGUGCCUUCAUCUCCUUCACCCGACUUUCUCUCCUCCUUUGUGUCCAAGAAGAACCAUUUGGCUUACUCAUGCUAUUGCUAAUAGAACUUUCAUGGGAUGCUUUCACUCAAGCCAUUGGAGAGCCAAAAAGUUUGUUUUCUUAUCUCAGGUUUUGCUUGGGCAGCUUUCUUACUACUUUCUAAAGCAGUU